GUUGUCAUAGAAACACAGUGCUACAGCUUUGAAAAUUCUACAUUACUAAAGCGAUCGCUUUAUUACUUCAAAUACAGAUUGAUUUAAAAAGAAUGGAUCGAAGUUUCCUUCAUCGUGUUGCAUGUACCGCCUUCGGUUCCUCGAUCGCAGUGAAACGACAAAAUACUAUGUAACCUCGUGCGAAUUAUUCACGAACGUUCAAAACAGAGUUCAAAGCUGAAUUAUUUUACCGAAAUUCGCGUAGUUUGGUAAAUCAGGAAAGUUACUAGAUCGUUGUAUUCGAGACAUGUAUGACGUGCGCGACAGUCUGUAGUUCCAAAACAUGGGUUUUCUCGAUUAUAUUUUCAAUUAAACGAUCGUUGUUUUUCGGUUAGUUUCGACGAGGGAAGUACUGGUUUUCAUCCAUGUUGUGAACGAAUCGCGAAACACAGCACGAUGACGGCUCUCCUCGCAUUACGAAAAUAGGAAAUGUGUAUAUGGUAUAGUAGAUCUGCCAUGAUAGAUCCGAACGCGUCUUCGUCUUACACGAAAAAAGUCAGGGAUUGUUAGCAAAAUGUGUGAUUUUUGUUGUCAGGAGAGCUUCAUAAAGUAAAAGUACAGAUUGCAGAAUGGUGGUGGAUUGCUUAUCCAUUCAAGGCUCAGUAGCUAUAAUACGGAAGCAGGAGCGAAGAUUAGGUGGGUUAGUGGCUGCAAAGAUGCAACCCAACAAUGUUGGUAGUUGUGGUGGUAUGACACCCAAAGAACUUUCUGACAAUGAUGACCUAGCUACUUCUCUCGUAUUAGAUCCUUACCUAGGAUUUACUACUCAUAAAAUGAAUAUCAGGUAUAGACCGUUAAAAGCAAAUAAAGAUGAACUUCGCAAAAUUAUUUGUGAAUUUAUCCAAACGCAAAAUUAUGAGAAAGCAUAUAAAAAAUUAAUGGGUGGUGACUGGGGCGCAAGACUUCCUCAUACAAAAUGUAAACAGCAACAAAUAAAUUUGGAAAAACAUAUUUACAGGUAUUUAAAGGUUUUUGAUAAAGAUUCUGGAUUUGCAAUAGAACCAUGCUAUAGGUAUAGUCUAGAAGGUCAGAAAGGUGCCAAAAUUUGUGCAACUCGCAAGUGGUUAAAACAUGAUAAAAUAUCUUGUCUUGUUGGUUGUAUUGCAGAACUUAGUGAAAAGGAAGAAGCAGCAUUAUUACAUCCAGGAAAAAAUGAUUUUUCUGUUAUGUUUAGUUGCCGAAAAAAUUGUGCACAAUUAUGGUUAGGUCCAGCAGCAUACAUUAAUCAUGACUGUAGAGCCAAUUGCAAGUUCGUGGCAACAGGGAGAGAUACAGCUUGUGUUAAGGUUCUUCGUGACAUUGAAGUAGGGGAAGAAAUUACUUGUUUCUAUGGGGAAGAUUUUUUUGGAGAUGGUAACUGUUAUUGUGAAUGUGAAACGUGUGAAAGAAGGGGAACUGGAGCAUUUGCAAAUCAAAAACCAGGAGAAGAACUUUCAUCCGGCUAUCGUUUACGUGAAACAGACAAUCGUAUCAAUCGUACGAAACAUAGACAACAGCCGCUAGGUCGUAAUAAACAACAAGCUGAUACUGCCCUCACGGAAAGAAAUGCAGUGCUUGUCGGUAAUGCUGCUGUAGCGCCACAAAGUCUUAGUAUGAAAGAAUUAAGAAGAAAGGGAUUGACAAAAUAUGAUGCAGAGUUAUUAAUUGCACAAGGAUGUCGCUUUUCUGAUAUUGCUCAACAGCAACCUAUUACAAAUAAUGGGGAAAAUGUAUUACAAACAUCUCGACCUCACCCAAUUGCCAUUACAAAUUCUGUGACGAGAAAUCUACGAAAUAAACAGUUGUGCAAAUUUGACAGUAACAAUGAUCAUCAGAAUAAUGUUAAAAAUCAUACGCUUCGGUCAUCCAGACUCCAUAAAAGAACUGAAUCAAAAAAGAACAAAGUUUCCGAAAAAGCUGGAUCUCCUUGUUUAAAUGGUUCCAUAAUAAAUACUAUUGAAUUAGAAGACAUAAGUCAUCGUAAAGAAGAUUCUGAUAGAGUAGAUGAAGAAAUUAUAUAUUCUAGAUUACAUAAGACUCAUUCAAAAAACAACUUAGAUGAGGAAACUAACAACGUUUGCCAUGUUCAGACCUCACAUCACGAUAUAAUGGAAGAAUCAACUUGUUCUAAUCUUCAAAGGGAGUGUUCAGAUUUAACAUUCGUUAAAAAUAACAAAGAGGAACUAAAUAGCAAAUUGGUAAAUGAAAAGGAAAUACCUGAUAUUAUUAUAGAAAUUAAUUCUAAUUCAGUAGGUAAUAUUAAUACUUCCAAUUCUAAAAAAGAACACUAUAGUACAAAUUCCUGUGAUUCAGUUCAUAUAAGUUCCAUACCUGAAAGCCGAUUAAAUGAUUUACACGAAACUGAGAGUGAGAUAAUUCCACAAGAAAAUCAUCAAUCAAGAAUCUGUCAUUACAAUUUGUCUUCAGUUGAAAAUUCCAAAGAUAUAAAUAAUAUUUCUGCAACAUCGAUAAAGUCAAACACUUGCAUAAAAAAAUGUUUAGAACUUGAACAGAAAGUUUUAAAAGAAGAAAAAGAAGAAUAUCACGAGCCCGUGUAUAAGGAUUAUUCUUGCAAAAGUGAAGAACAAAUACCUUUAAUUCAUGUAAACUCUCCUAAAAAUUCGAAUUUUAUAGAAACUGGUACAACAGUAUCUACGUUUGAUAUACACGAAUGCAAUAAAGAUUUAAAGAAAAAUGAUUCUAUAAAUUCAAAUACCUUGGUCAAAUACUUAAUAGAAAAUGAAGCAAAUAAAUUUGAUAGAUUCGUUUCGGAUUCUAAUAAGUCUCCAGAUAACAAUGAACAUGGUAAAAUGACUUUUGUAAAAGAGGAUACAGAUGUAGAAAAUAAUAAACGAAAUUGCCAAAAUGAUUUAAUCAUGAAAAAUAAUAUAUAUGUAGUUAAUGUUGAAACGCCAGAAAUAAAAUCUGAAAAAACUGAAAUUAUUGAUACAUGUACAGAAAAUCUACAUUCUCGGGUAGAUCCUUACAAGGAAAAUAAUAAAAAUUUCAGUACAAUGGAAACUAAUAAUUAUAGUGAGAUUAACAAAUGUAAUUUAGGGGAUACUCAUAACACUAUUUUAAAUCAACCUACACAAAAAAAUGAUUCAUUACACGCAACACUAAGAUCUCACAAAAAUAGAAGAAAACUUUUAAGCCAGAAGAAAUCUACAAUUUCUGAACUGAGAGAAGAGUUAGAAACUGCUAUAGAACAUAAAAUUACUGAUAAUAUGAUUACAUCUGUUUCAAAAACUCGUAGCAAAGCAGAAAAAGCAAAAAGCAGGUUGACAAGAAGCCAGAAACGAGAUCGAAAAAAAUUAGCGACUAGUGAAAUUGGUGUAGCUGAUGACGAUUCGGGUAUUCAAGGUGAUAUUUAUGAGUUUAGCGAGAAAGAAAGUAAUUUGGAAGAUAUUAGAAUACCGUCAAUAAUGCGGCGUAAACAGGAAACUCGUCAUACACCCGGGCUCACAUCACAUUUGCAAGAAAUGCAAUACAACGAUGAGUAUAAUAAAGCUGAACCGCCAGUAUUACUUCCACAAGAACCAUGGCCACCAAGUUGCAAUCAGAAUCAAUUGUUAGAGUCAGAUGGUAAUAGCCGAUCGAGAGAAAAUUCUGUAGAUAGUGAAAGUCUAAAAAGACUAUCAGCUUGUAGUAACGAUAGUGCACAAAAAUUAACAGCUCCUUCGGAGUAUCAAUGGCAGAUGAAUAGUUGUCAAGUGUGUCCAACCACUCCAGAGAGAACUGGCAGAUUAAAACUUACCCUACGCAUGAAACGUUCACCAGUUUUAGAAGACAUUGUAGAAUCGGGUACAAGUUUAAGUGAAGAUAGUUACGAACCCGAGUACGAAGUAUUACGUGUCGAGGGUGUGGAAAGAAGCAGACAUAAGAAAAAACAUAAAACUCGAGAUCGUGAAAGACGACACAAGAAACGUGAAUUAAAUCUUGAUCCUCCUCCACCGCCUAUGAAGAGGUUGCGUUUAAUUUUUGGCAAUGAAACUCAUACUAUCGACUUUCCACAUUCUUAACAACUAUAAAUAAUGAUUUUCCAUACCUGGAACAAAUUAUAAAUACAAUUUAGACAUGUAACAACAGGGCUCCUUAUCUUGUAAUAUUGUGAAUUUAUUUGUAGUUUAAGCGAUAAGCGAUAUGCCAUCGUUAAACUUUACAGAUAUCUGAUAUGAUAAAAUUAUUGUGUUCCGAUUUUGUGUUAUUUUUUACUAUUUAAAUUUUGUCUUGCUUCUCGUUCUAACAACGAAUAAUUGAAGGCCUAGUAAAAUUUUUCUUAAGAUGGAAAACAGUAAUAAAAAUAGGGAUGUACAUUGAUUUGUAGUGAACAUUUGUUUUGAAAAUUUGAUGUCGUGUUAUUCGAAGUAGUUAACGAAGUGAUUAGUUCAUUGCGACAUAUUCAUUCAUAAUAAAAUUAGUAUUUUAUUUCUACCUUUUCGAUAUAGCGAGCAAAUUUUUGAAAUCCAUAUAGUCUUUCAUCGUCGAUUUUUUUUCGAUAUUAAUGAGUUUAUAUUAUUAAACUAUUUUUUACUAAUGAAAUAUUUACAUCAUAUUCAAAUUUCACAUAUAUAGGAUAAAGGAAAUAGCGAUUUCUCUUUGUAUUAAAAACAAGGAAAGAAUGUAAUGAGUUAUAUCUAAUUACUAUUUCCGUAGAUGAGGACAAAGGAAAAAAAAAGCAUACUCUUAUACUAUGUAUAAUAGUUGUAAUAGUUAUUAUAAUAAUAGUAAUAAUAAUAAUAAUAAUAAUAUUAAUAAUAAUAAUAAUAAUAGUAAUAAUAAUUCAAUAAUUAAAUUAGCUAAAUAUUAGGUAACACAUAUUAACUGCUGUCCUCAAAAUGCGUGAUUAACUAUCGUGAAAAAAAAUUGUAAAUAUUGCUUGUAUGUACGUACACGCGUGUGUAUGUAUAUGCGCAUGUAUUAUAAAUGAUAACACAUACAUGCACGUAUGCAUACAUAGACAAAUCAUAUAACAGACAAAACACAAAUACACAACGCGUGUAAGGAAAUUUCAUUACUGUAUUUCGUAUAUCGAUGCACAUGUUACAAUGCCUUAGUGCAAAUAUAAAGCAAAUGCAUUGCAUAUAAAUGUCAUCGUUUACGUACAGUAACGAAAACAGUAUGAAGACAUUUUAUUUAGUGAGAUAAAUUAAAAAAGGGUUAAUUAAAAAAAGAAAAAUUAAAAAAUAAAUGCAAAUAAAUAAUUAAUUUUUCAAUAGGAGUUUCUCACACGAAUUUAGAGGAACGGAAUUUUAUAUUGAAUUGGUAGAGAUUGUUGUUUCAAUUGUGAAACAAAUUAAAUGAAAUGGAAGCGUUAAGCUUAAUUAGAAGACGUUAGAAUAAACAAUUCAGAUCUGAAGAAAUUUAGCGGACAAAGUUGUUUUUAAGUUACUUCUUUGCUCUUGAGCGACAUAAAAAAAAAAAAUUCAUCCCACUUUCACUUGUAUUAUUAAGAUGUUCGUAUUUUUCGAACAGAAUAUAUAUCAUCAGAUUUUACCAUUCAUACGUAAAUAUUCACUUCAAAAGAUGU